AUGAAAUAAAAUAAAUUUAUCAAAAACAUUCAUAUUAGGUCUAAUGAGUUAGCUGAAUAGCAAAGGGAAUAGUAGAAUGAAAAGAAAUCGUAAAUAUAAUUAUAAGAGUUUGAUUAUGCAGCCAAACCUUAUGUAGAUUUUGAAAAAAUCAAAUUAAACAAGAUCAAAUCAAUUAAAUUGAGUGACUCUGGUUCUAGAGGAGUUUUAUUCAUUGAUUCAGAGGAUGGUGCAAUAGUUCUUAAAUUAUCAGGUCAAGUAGGCGUGGAACUUUACCUUAACAAAUUGGCAUAAGCACUUGAUAUUAAGACAACCUAGAUGAAAUGUUUAAAGUGGUGUGAUUUAGAAAUGUAGGAACUAAGAAAUGAUAUCUUAUUUGCAGCAUCGUCUGAUGAAGUUUUGUCUCAUCGACUUAAACAAAAAUUAAAAGCUGCCUAUUUCGAAAUGGUUGAAUAUGUUCCUGGUCUUUAACUCUAUUAUUUUCAAGGAGAAAGAGCCAAAAUAAUUUUCAAUCAAGAGAGGCUUUUCAGUUUAGGGAAAAUUAUUGGAUUUGAUAUCUUUAUUCAUAAUGGAGACAGAUUUCCUUUACCUAUUUGGAGGAGCGUAGGAAAUGCAUACAAUGUUAUUCUUAAGGUAAUAGAUGAGAAACAGGAGGACAUGUUUAAUUUUAAUAUUACUAAUCUGAAUUUUGAAUGCUUUUAUUCCAUAGAUCCAUAAACCAUCUUAAAAUAGCAUGAUUCAAGCAUUUAAGAAAAAAUACUUAAUACAUAUAUUGAGAAAGUGUAAAAGUUUCUCUAAGAUCUAUGUGAUGAUGUCAAAUCAAAUGAAUUUAAUUGUUUAGAAACCUUUGAGGAUUUUAUCUUUGAGUAAAUUCAAUAUAAGUUAAAUAAAGAUGAGCUCUUGUUAGUUAAGAAAGGAAUUUUGUAUCAGAUUCAGAAGAUAGUUUAAUUUGGAAUAGAAAAUAUAAUUAAAAUAUAAUAGGAACUCCUUUUACCUGACUUUUAAGAUUGGAUGGAUUCAUAUAAUAGUUGUUUAAAUCAAAUUCACAUUGAAUUUCACUAAAAAUUAAUAACGGUAUUUACAAAUAUAAUUAAUGCUAACUCUUAAAUAUUCUAAUCACUUUGA